CGUGAGGGAGGGGGGAGAUGGGGGAGGGAGGACAGGAGAGGAGGACAGGAGAAGAUAAAGACAGGAGAAUGGGAGGGAGGAAAGGGGGCGGUGCGGAGGAGAAGGUGGUCUCACAUCUGGAAUAGUUUUUUGUUUUGGGACGGAUCUGUUUCUGGCGUGAGUCUCACCGUCACUGCCAGGAUGAACCCUGAGAGGUUUCCCCAUAUUGACUUUUAAGCAAACAUUUGGAAGAGGGAGGGAGGACAGAAAGAAAGGAUAAAAAAGUGAGGAAGGACAGAAAGGCCUUGAGCGUUGUGUGUGCUGUUACUGGCAGCUUCACAAAGACUUUCCUGUGUGUCAGACGGAGCUGAGCUGAGGGGCCAUGCUGAAGGGAGAGUCUCUCCCUGGCCUGCACUUCCUCCUCCACUCCCUGUUACCAGCCUGACCCCAAGAUAUCACACACUCUGUACACUUCAGUAUACACACACAUAAACAUACAGGUAGUCUGUCUGUCUCUGUCUCUGUCUCUGUCUCUGUCUCUGUCUGUCUGUCUGUCUGUCUGUCUCUGUCUGUCUGUCUGUUCCCUUGUACUUCCUCUGCCACUCAUACUGACCAGCUUGACCCUGCGCUAUCACACACACUGUAGAAACUACAGUAUACACACACACAUACAGACAGUUUGAUGAAGUGUUCAGCCGGAAAGCAGCGAAGACAUUGGUCGUGUUGUCUCCAAGUUAAUUGUUAGCAUCAGUUUUCUACUGAGUAGAGAAGACAGUUGAAGCAAUGAUAUGGCCAGUGAUUAUUAUAAACCUCAAUAAAUAGUCCUUAUACACCCAGCCCUGGGAUAAUAUUGAUGGAAAAAUCACCUUCUAUUUUUACUCCCAGAAACAGCAACAAAAGUAAGGAAAUGAUAUUUCAGGCUUGUAAAAGUUAAAAGAUACCAUCUCUUCUAUGUCACGAGUAGUUACCCGCUAGCCCACCGGAUCACAGUGAGCAGGAUGAAAUGUUCAAACGCCCACAGUUACCUUUGAUCGCUCCUCACUGCUACAGGGGAAAGACCACACAGGAGCAGUGGGGUAUUCUCUAACACACAUACACACACGCACUACGUGCUACCCCUUAUGUUUGCACUGGCAGAGAGGUUGAACGGAUCCUUGCUCUUUAUUUCAAUAAAGCAACCACACUCUUAGUGCUGGGGAGAGGGGAUGUGUUUUUGUACCCACACUGACUAAACGGCCACCUCUCUCUCUCAAUUUCAGAAUGUGAUGACUCGACAGAAGGGGGGAUUAGUUUUGAUUUUAGAAGAAGGGAGUAGGGUGGUGUAUGUCUAUGGUUUAUAAUAAUUAAUAAUAAUUAAUAAUGUCUGAAGGUCUAUGGUUUAUAGAACCCACCACUGUGGUUGGUCUGACUGGGCUGGGCUGGGGGAGUUAUGAUUAAAACCCAGUAUAUAGUAUAGUAUUUAAAACCAUGGCACCAGGUGGAGGAGAUUAGACAGAUGAUCCAGGUCAAUACAGACUGUGUGUUUAUGUCUGAGAGCUCAGUAAGAGUUACCACCACACACCUCGGUGUAGCGCAGGUGGUCCAGUGAACCAUGCUCGCGUGACUAGUAACUUUGCUUGUGUUAGCUCCUAAUGUCUAUGCUUUGCAUUGUUUCAAUAACGGGUCGGUCAUACUUGUUUAUGUGUGGAGCGCAUGUUUAUGUGUGGACGUGUGUGGGUGUGUGCGUGACUGUGUGUUUGCAUGUGUGUGUACUAAAAGCCGUCUUGUGUUGUAGGUGUGUGUCGGUACCCUCUGGGGAUGUCAGAAGGGCAGAUUCAGGAUGAAGACAUCUCAGCCUCCAGUCAGUGGUCUGAGUCUACUGCUGCUAGAUACGGCAGGUACUGUAUACACACACGCAUGCACACACACAUACACUGAGUCUACAAAACAUAAUAUUGAGUUGCACCCCCUUUUGCCCUCAGAACAGCCUCAAUUCGUCAGGACAUAGACUCUACAAGGUGUCGAAAGUGUUCCACAGGGAUGCUGGCCCAUGUUAACUCCAAUGCUUCCCACAGUUGUGUCAAGUUGGCGGGAUGUCCUAUGGGUGAUGGACCAUUCUUGAUACACAUGGAAAACUGUUGAGCGUGAAAAACCCAGCAGCGUUGCAGUUCUUGACACUCAAACCGGUGCGCCUGGCACCUACUACCAUACCCCGUUCAAAGGCACUUACAUUUUUUGUCUUACCCAUUCACCCUCUGAAUGGCACACAUAUACAAUCCAUGUCUCGAUUGUCUCAACGCUUAAAAAUCCUUCUUUAACCUGUCUCCUUCCCUUCAUCUACACUGAUUGAAGUGGAUUUAACAAGUGACAUCAAUAAGGGAUCAUAGCUUUCACCUUGAUUCACCUGGUCAGUCUAUGUCAUGGAAAGAGCAUGUGUUCCUAAUGUUUUGUACACUCAGUGUAUACAUACAUACAUCUCAACUUCAAUUUAGUAGACAGGACACAUGCAGGCGCCCCAACAACUACACACAUGAACACUCAUGCACACUCGUAUACACUCACACACAAACGUUUUCAAGAGUAUGUGUCCGUGUUUGUGGGUUUUCAAUAAACUGCGUAUCAAUUCCCACUCUCAGCUUGUUAUGGUUAAGCCUGGAAAGAGCAAGAGAGAAAGAAACCGAGAGAGAGAGUGAUUGUGCGUGUGUGUGUGCAAAUUAGUGUGUGUUGGAGAGUGUGGGUGGCCUGCACUCAGUGUAAGGAAGAUAAUGAUGUAAUCUAUGUUCUUUUUAUUCUGACCUAGCCUUCCCUCUCCCUUGCCAGCUCAGCACUAAAUGAACACUUUAACAUUCAUUUACAGCAAAGGUGUUUGUUUAAUAGGCUGUAUGAACUGACAUCCAGUCACCACACUCACUUUCCACUCACCUCUCCUUUCUCUCACACUCCAUCCCUUCCUAUCUUCCUCUCUCUCCUUUCCCUCCACCCUUUCUCUCUCUCUCUCUCUCUCUCUCUCUCUCUCUCUCUCUCUCUCUCUCUGUGUACUCCUGCCUCCCUUUCACUCAUUCUCACUAUCCUUUUUUCUAUGUGUUAUCGCCCUCUCUCCCUCUACUUCCCCUCUCCUCCCUCUCUUUAGGUUGGACUUUGAGGAGGGUGAUGGUGCGUGGUGUCCAGAGAUAACCGUUGAACCAGACAGCCUGAAGGAGUUCCUCCAGAUAGACCUGCGUUCCCUCCACUUCAUCACCCUGGUGGGCACACAGGGCCGCCACGCAGGGGGCAUCGGCAACGAGUUCGCCCAGAUGUACAAGAUCAAAUACAGCCGUGACGGCAGCCGCUGGAUCUCCUGGAGGAACAGGCAGGGCAAACAGGUAAUCAAUCAGUUAUGAAGUUGACUAUUGGUUGACAGUGACAGGAAUAUAAAAGUGUUGAUCAUAAAAUAUUGAUUGAUAAUGGUAAUAUUGGUGAUGUGUGACGUCAAUCUAAGUGGUUAAGGGAACUGGAAUGUGUGAGUUAUUACUUAUUAUUUAGGCUAAUUGAUUGAUUGAUUAUUAUCUGUGGGUGACAUGGCUAUAGGUCAUUGAGGGGAACAGGAAUGCAUAUGACAUCAUGCUGAAGGACCUGGAGCCUCCGAUCAUCGCCCGCUUCGUGAGGUUCAUGCCCGUCUCAGACCACUCUAUGAACGUCUGCAUGAGGGUGGAGCUCUACGGCUGUGAAUGGCUCGGUAAGACAGAGGGAGGAGAGAGGGAGAGGUGGAGAAGCGCCCUACUCUGAACCAUAGGUAGAAAGAUGUAGCACAUGGGGAUGUGUGAAACUUACUCCUCAGCCUGAAGUGUCGCCACUUACACCGCCAAAUUGCUAGCCUUUCACGUGGCGGCGACUGGUAAGACGUUUCAGGAGGGCGGUCACGUGUGCUAGCAAGGCAGAGAUCCUGGGUUCGAGCUUCGGUGUGAGCGCAAUCAGGAGGAAGUGGUACUCGCUAAGAAAACAGAGUGACAUCCUUUACACAGAGUUCGGCAAACUCAGUGCUUAAGUUUUAGCUCAAUGGGCUAAUACAGAGUCCCUCUCUCUAUCAGACGGUCUGGUGUCCUACAACGCUCCAGCAGGAGAACAGAUGAGACUAGAGGGCCAGCCUGUCCACCUCAACGACUCGGUGUACGAUGGAGCCGUCAUCCACAGGUGGGUGUGCAUAACUCCUUUUCCCUCUCAUCCUCCCUUGUCAUCUUCCUCCUCCUUUCUCUUUUUCUUCAUCUCCUUAUCGUUAUUCUGUCUCCUUUUCAUUCUGCCUCUCGCCGAAGGAGAUGGCUGCCGUUUUACGGGCUCCUAACCAAUUGUGCUAUUGUGUGAGUUUCUUCGCGUUAUUUGUAACUUAUUUUGUACAUAAUGUUUCUGCCACCAUCUCUUAUGACCGAAAAGAGCUUCUGGAUAUUAGUACAGCGAUUACUCACCUCAUACUGGACAAAGAUGUUUUCUUAACGAGUCGGACGCAAAGGAUUUUCUGAAUCCCCGUCAUUCAGAUGAGAAGGGACUUAGAUAUCGGGGACAUAGGUCAGGGUGCCGACGGCGAGUGUGUAGUCUGCCUCUACAAUCAGUCCUAUUAGCCAACGUACAAUCAUUGGAUAACAAAAUAGACUAACUAAGAUCACGGAUAUCCUACGAACGGGACAUAAAAAUCUGUAAUAUCUUAUGGUUCACCGAGUCGUGUCUGAACAACAACAUGGAUAACAUACAACUGCCGGGAUAUACGCUGCAUUGGCAAGAUAGAACAGCUGCCUCCGGUAAGACAAGGGGUGGCGGUCUGUGUAUAUUUGUAAACAACAGCUGGUGCAUGAAAUCUAAUAUUAAGGAAGUCUCGAAGUUUCGCUCGCCUGAGGUAGAGUAUCUCAUGAUAAGCUGUAGACCACACUAUUUACCAAGAUAGUUUUCAUCUAUAUUUUUCGUAGCUGUCUAUUUACCACCACAAACCGAUGCUGCCACUAAGACCGCACUCAAUGAGCUGCAUAAGGCCAUAAGCAAACAGGAAAACGCUCAGGGAAACUUAAAUCCGUUUUACGUCAUUUCUACCAGCAUGUGUAAUGUGCAACCAGAGGAAAAAAACUCUAGACCACCUUUACUCCACACACGGAGAUGCGUACAAAGCUCUCCCUCGCCCUCCAUUUGGCAAAUCUGACCAUAACUCUAUCCUCCUGAUUCCUGCUUACAAGCAAAAACUAAAGCAGGAUGCACCAGUGACUCGGUCAAUAAAGAAGUGGUCAGAUGAUGCAGAUGCUAAGCUACAGGACUGUUUUGCUAGCAUAUACUAGAAUAUGUUCCGGGAUUCUUCCGAUGGCAUUGAGGAGUAUACCACAUCAGUCAAUGGCUUCAUCAAUAAGUGCAUCGAUGAUGUCGUCCCCACAGUGACCGUACGUACAUACCCCAACAAGAAGCCAUGGAUUACAGGCAACAUCCGCACUGAGCUAAAGGGUAGAGCUGCCGCUUUCAAGGAAUGGGACUCUGGCCUCCCGAGUGGCGCAGUGGUCUAAGGCACUGCAUCGCAGUGCUAGCUGUGCCACUAGAGAUCCUGGUUCGAGUCCAGAUUCUGUCGCAGCCGGCCGCGACCAGGAGACCCAUGGGGCGGCGCACAAUUGGCCCAACGUUGUCCAGGGUAGGGGAGGGUUUGGCCGGCAGGGAUGUUCUUGUCCCGUCGCGCACUAGCGACUCCUGUGGCGGGCCGGGCGCAGUGCACGCUGACUUGGUCGCCAGGUGUAUGUUGGUGCGGCUGGCUUCCGAGUUAAGCGGGCACUUUGUUAAGAAGCAGUGCGGCUCGGUUGGGUUGUGUUUCGGAGGAUGCACGACUCUCGACCUUCGCCUCUCGUGUCCAUACGGGAGUUGCAGCGAUGGGACAAGACUGUAGCCACCAAUUGGAUACCACGAAAUUGGGGAGAAAAAGGGGGUAAAAUACACAAAAAUAUAAAGGAGCGGGACUCUAAUCUGGCCGCUUAUUAGAAAUCCCGCUAUGCCCUCCGACGAACCAUCAAACAGGCAAAGCGUCAAUACAGGACUAAGAUUGAAUCGUACUACACCGGCUCCGACGCUUGUCGGAUGUGGCAGGGCUUGCAAACUAUUACAGACUACAAAUGGAAGCACAGCCGUGAGCUGCCCAGUAACAUGGGCAUACCAGACGAGCUAAAUUACUUCUAUGCUCGCUUCGAGGCAAGCAACACUGAAGCAUGCAUGAGAGCGUCAGCUGUUCCGGACAACUGUGUGAUUACGCUCUCCAUAGCUGAUGUGAGUAAGACCUUUAAACAGGUCAACAUUCACAAGGCCGCAGGGCCAGACAGAUUACCAGGACGUGUACUCCAAGCAUGCGCUGACCAACUGGCAAGUGUCUAAACUUACAUUUUCAACCUGUCCCUGACUGAGUCUGUAAUACCAACAUGUUUCAAGCAGACCACCAUAGUCCCUGUGCCCAAGAACACUAAGGUAACUUGCCUAAAUGACUACCGAACCGUAGCACUCACGUCUGUAGCCAUGAAGUGCUUUGAAAGGCUGGUCAUGGCUCACAUCAACACCAUUAUCCCAGAAACCCUAGACCCACUCCAAUUUGCAUACUGCCCCAACAGAUCCACAGAUGAUGCAAUCUCUAUUGCACUCCACACUGCCCUUUCCCACCUGGACAAAAGGAACACCUAUGUGAGAAUGCUGUUCAUUGACUACAGCUCAGCGUUCAACACCAUAGUGCCCUCAAAGCUCAUCACUAAGCUAAGGACCCUGGGACUAAACAACUCCCCCUGCAACUGGAUCCUGGACUUCCUGACGGGCCGCCCAACAGGUGGUAAGGGUAGGUAACAACACAUAUGCCACGCUGAUACUCAACACGGGGGCCCCUCAGGGGUGCGUGCUCAGUCCCCUCCAUGACUGCAUGGCCAGGCACGACUCCAACACCAUCAUUAAGUUUGCCGACAACACAACAGUGGUAGGCCUGAUCACCAACAACGUUGAGACCGCCUAUAGGGAGGAGGUCAGAGACCUGGCCGUGUGGUGCCAGUAUAACAACCUCUCCCUGAACGUGAUCAAGACAAAGGAGAUGAUUGUGGACUACAGGAAAAAGAAGAGUACCGAGCACGCCCCCACUCUCAUCGACGGGGCUGUAGUGGAUAGGUUGAGAGCUUCAAGUUCCUUGGUGUCCACAUUACCAACAAACUAUCAUGGUCCAAACACACCAAGACAGUCAGGAAGAGGGCACGACAAAGCCUAUUCCCCCUCAGGAGACUGAAAAGAUUUGGCAUGGGUCCUCAUAUCCUCAAAAAGUUCUACAGCUGCACCAUCGAGAGCAUCCUGACUGGUUGCAUCACCGCCUGGUAUGGCAACUGCUCGGCCUCCGACCGCAAGGCACUACAGAGGGUAGCGCAUACGGCCCAGUACAUCACUGGGGCCAAGCUUCUUGCCAUCCAGGACCUCUAUACCAGGUGGUGUCAGAGGAAGGCCCUAAAAAUUGUCAAAGACUCCAGCCACCCUAGUCAUAGAUUGUUCUCUCUGCUACCGCACGGCAAGCGGUACCGGAGCGCCAAGUCUAGGUCCAAAAGGCUUCUUAACAGCUUCUACCCCCAAGCCAUAAGACUCCUGAACAGCUAAUGAAAUGGCUACCCAGACUUUUUGCAUUGCCCCCCCCCCCCCCCCCCCCCCCCCCACUCCCUCUUUGUUGUUGCUGCUGCUACUCUCUGUUUAUUAGCUAUGCAUAGUCACUUUAACUCUACCUACAUGUACAUAUUACCUCAAUUACCUCGACUAACCUGUGCCCCCGCCCAUUGACUCUGUACCGGGACCCCCUGUAUAUAGCCUACUGUUAUUUUACUGCUGCUCUUUCAUCCUUUUUUAUUAUUAUUUGUAUAUAUUUUUUACUUAACACUUAUUUUUCUUAAAGUUGCAUUGUUGGUUAAGGGCUUGUAAGUAAGCAUUUCAUUGUAAGGUCUACACCUGUUGUAUUCGGCGCAUGUGACAUAAAAUUAGUUUUGAUUUAAUGUAUCCCUCCUCUCUCGGUUUAUCCAACCUCCUUCUCUGUUCUUCCUCUCCUCCUUUUGUGCUUCCUUCACCAAUCUCGGAGUUGUGGUUCCACGCUGGCCCUGUUAUUGCCUGGUUGCUGUAGUUACGGCAGGAUGUAGACAGCGCAAUGGCAUGUGUCACUGUGGUUUUGUCACGAGUACACACACACACAUACAUACACACACACAAGCACGCUUCUCUGCACAGUUAUGCACUGGAGUGUUACGAACACACACAGAGACAAUUACACCCACACAUGGCUUCUGGUGCAUGAACGCGUGGGAGAGUUUGAGUCAGUGUCUUUGGACAAAAACUUGACUUCUUGAGAACAUAAAUGACUAUGUGGGUAUCCUUGCUGCCUUUAUGUGUUAGUGUUUGAGUCACUGUGGUCUGAAUAAUUUCCUCCAUGAUGCUGCCCUCAGUUUGUCUCUGCUAUAGAACUCUAUCUCUCUUUCUCUCUCUGCUUCUCUUUCUCUCCCUCUCUCUCUCUCUGAGUUUGAGUCUGUUAAUGUAGUCUGAGAAGAGAAAAUGGCUCGGGUUUUUAUACCACUGCCAAGAUGAGAUAUUGAAUGUGGAAAAGAUGAUGCUACCACCUAGUGGUGGGUGGAGGGAAGCUGAAUAAACAGAUAGCGGAAUAGUUUGUCUCUCAACCUUACCUUUCACAAAAUAAAUAUUGUGUGUUGUAAAAUAAAUACUUGGUAAUUAAACAUGAAAAUAGCGAUUAUUGUGUGUCAAGCAAGGUUGUCAAUUAGUCGUUUACACGUUGUCAGGUCUCCUUAAGGAUAGUUCACACAGAGACUCUCUGGUUCACCCCGAAAACACAUUUUUAGUUUGUAUUUUGACUACCUCAAAAUACUCUAACUCUGAACUCUAUCUUCAUCUCCUCUUCUCUCUUUCUUCUCCGUCUCCAGUAUGACGGAGGGGCUGGGCCAGCUGACUGAUGGGAUGUGUGGAUUAGAUGACUUCACCCACAGCCACGUCUACAAUGUGUGGCCUGGCUACGACUACGUAGGUUGGACCAACGAGAGCUUCCCCAACGGAUACGUGGAGAUCAUGUUCGAGUUCGACCGCGCACGCAACUUCACCACCAUGAAGGUGUGGGUGGGUGGGUGUAGGUGUCAGGGGCUGUUAUCUCCCAGUUGUUAUUUACAAUAUGUAAGGGGAGCUGGGGAUUUUUAUGACCAAAUAACAGGCAUUACAGUUCUAAAUCUUUCAGCUUCUUGACCCUUUUUCCAAUCACUAGAACACAUUUUUCUAGCAGGUUGACUGUAAUUUCACUCUUACAACAUAUUCCCCUCUUGCUCCCCCAUCUCUCUCUGUUUCUCUGUCUCUAGGUGCACUGUAACAACAUGUUCAUGCAUCAUAUCAAGGCAUUCCGCCAGGUGGUGUGUUACUUCCGUUCCGAGGCUGACUGGGAGGCCAUGCCCCUUUCCUUCAGCCCUGUGGUGGACGACGUCAAUCCCAGCGCCCGAUUCGUCACCGUCUCUCUGGCCAAUCACAUGGCCAGUGCUAUCAAGUGCCAUUUCUACUUCGCUGACUCCUGGAUGAUGUUUAGCGAAAUCACCUUCCAGUCAGGUAAAUGUUUACACACACACACACCUGAGAUCACCUCCAAAUCAUGUGCUGUAGAGAAAACACACCUUGUUCCGUUUGAAUAUUCAUUUGUGAAGUAUUAUCAGUUCUUUGUUGUGAUUUAAGUCUGUCUAUUCUCUUCCAGACACAGCCAUGUACAAUACUACCCUGGCUCCCCCCAAGACUGGCGGUGGCCCUCCCACCAGCACUCAACCAGGUCAGUGCCCACUACACAUGCAUUGCGCACACGCUUUAUCCGUUUUUACCUCUUUUACCACACACUCCCACCCGUGAGCAAUGGCUGUGGCCGAAACCCACUUCCUGCUUUAAUUCUAUUGUCCAAUCGAAUGGUGUCUUCCCCUAUCCCCUCCCCAGGGGAUGACCCCACCCACAAAAUAGACGACAGCAACACCAGAAUUCUGAUUGGCUGCCUGGUGGCCAUCAUCUUCAUCCUCGUCGCCAUCAUCGUCAUCAUCCUCUGGAGGCAGGUCUGGCAAAAGAUGCUGGAGAAGGUGAGAGAUCCCACCUGUUCACACAUGUUUUAUCUGAGCCACAAAGUGUUUGGAUGCACCAUGUCUCUGAAUGUGAAAGUUAGUUUGUGACUGUUUGUUACUAUCAGGAAACGCAAAAUAUUAGAAAAAUCCUACAAUUUGCCAUGUGUUGAUCAAUCAGGGCUGGUCAGAUGUGUCUCUUCACCCCAGCAUCCUUUAUUCUAGGCCUCGCGGCGGAUGCUGGACGAUGAACUAACUGCUAGUCUGUCACUACAGAGCGAGACAUUCGCCUACAGCCACAACAACCCUUCAUCAUCGUCAGCACCCAGCGAGCAGGAGUCUAGCUCCACCUACGAGCGUAUCUUCCCCCUGGGCCCUGACUACCAGGAGCCUUCACGACUGAUACGCAAGCUGCCUGAGUUCUCCCACACCUCGGAGGAGGCCGGUGAGUAGACCGGACACACAGGCAGGGUUUAAAUUACCAGAAAAGACAUAUGAGAGAGUUGGGUCACGAAGGUUGAAAAAAUAUGUCUGCUCAUUCUGUAAGCAUGAAGUCGCCCUAUUGUGUAUUAUCAUGUCAUAUUGCUGAAUCUAUCUUCAACUCUUUUCUCCGGUUCCAGCUUUGACCAGCACAGUGGUGGCAGCGACAGCCUCCAAGGCUCCCACGGCAACAUUUUCCCAGGACGGAGUCCCUCACUACGCCGAGGCAGACAUCGUCAACCUGCAGGGCGUAACUGGGGGCAACACGUACGCGGUCCCUGCUCUAACCAUGGACCUGCUGUCAGGGAAGGACGUGGCGGUGGAAGAGUUCCCCAGGAAACUGCUCACCUUCAAAGAGAAGCUGGGCGAGGGACAGUUUGGAGAGGUUCGAGCUCUCUGGACAUCACAUAGUAAACAGAAAUAAAUUCUGUGAAUGAUUUACAGUACAUCAAUUAAACUAAUUUCUUAUGCCCUUCUGAGAUAAAGAACAUUGAUCAGGGUCAUUAAAUAGAUUCAUCUGGUGAUUUAAGCUAGAGAAAAAGCUUACACAACCUUUGUGGCUCUUUGGAACCAUUGUUAGUGACCAUUAGAUGUAGUGUGUUGAUCAGAGUCUCCAUGUUUCGUCCCCCUACAGGUCCACCUGUGUGAGGCAGAAGGCAUGCAGGAGUUUAUGGAUGAGGAUUUCUCCUUCGACAUCAGUGACAACCAGCCAGUACUGGUGGCUGUUAAGAUGCUAAGAGCAGACGCUAACAAAAACGCCAGGUGAGGGGGGCCGCACUCCUAAUUAGCGAAUACAGUGAAUGUCUGCACAUGCUGCUCCCAAAUGUAUUGUCCACAUAGACAUGUUUUUUUGAGUGAUUCUUCCAGCAUCAGUACACAUUUUGAAUGUGUGUGUUGUGAGAUAUAUUCCUAUCUAUUAAUCAAAGCUCUCACACAGUCUUCCCUCUGACCUCUAACCUUUGUUCCUGUGUUAUCAUCAGGAACGACUUCCUGAAGGAGAUUAAGAUCAUGUCUCGUCUGAAGGACCCUAACAUCAUCCGUCUGCUGGCCGUGUGUAUCUGCAGUGACCCCCUCUGCAUGAUCACAGAGUACAUGGAGAAUGGAGACCUCAACCAGUUCCUGUCCCGCCAUGAACCUGAGGGACAGCUAGCGCUCAUCAGCAACGCACCCACUGUCAGGUAAGGGUAGGGGGAUGGAGGGUGGGGGGAGGGGUGUGUGUGUGUGUGUGUGUGUGUGUGUGUGUGUGACAAAAGGUUUUCAAGAGUGAAAAAAAUUAAAGUGAAUUAACAUUUAAGUACAUUUAUUUUCUUCACAUAGGUCUUGUCUAUGAAUUUAUGACAGUUGAAAUCUGAAAUAGUGUUUAAUUUCAUUUUUAAACAAGAUCCCCAUGUUUAGUCCUGUAAAAAUGUCAUACCACUUUAAUAUGCUAUAUUCAUUAUUUUCUGUACAUUUCUCACAAAAUAUAUUUUUAAAUGAUCGUUUAGAGCAGGGUUCCCCAAAUGGCGGACCGCGGGUCAAAUCUGGCCCGGCAGCAAAAUUAUUUGGCCCCCCAAAGCCCCCCAAAUAGAAAUAAUAAAAAAAAUCUCAGACUAGAGAUGCUAAAACUCCCAAUGGCCCAAGAAGGAAGUUAACCUACCUAAAUAAUGCAAAAGCUACAUUUUAACUUAAUUCAUGAGGAGAGAGAAUACAGUAGACAGUCAACUAAUAAAGCAGGCAGUGGACCAUUUUGUGGUGCUGAAACAUAAAGCUUCAACAGGAGCGCAAUUGAUAGGAGGUGAACAUUGCCUGGUGCUGAAAAUAUAGCUAACUUGUUAUGCAAGUGUUGCACAGCAACAGAUGGAGAAAAACUACAACAGUCGAGUAAUUCAUUUCAACAAUAAUCUUCAUUUUAAUUUGACUUUACAAACAACAAGAGGGCUUAAUUGGAGUCUAUUUCCUCCUAGCCUAUAUAAAAUAACUUCACUGGGCUAUGAGGUUUAACAGCAUCUUUCACAAUAAGAAGAUAUAUGGCCUAAUAGAAGUGGGAUUUUUUUUAUAAGUCCUACUUACAAUUGCAACUGGCCAAAAAUGUAGCAUCCUUUGUAAAACAAUCAUUUCAAGGAAAAAAAGGCGAUUUCUGUAUCGGGAGUCUCGGGAUAGCCUGCUCCAUUAACGAAAGAACAAACAGAAAAUACUGUCAGCUUGAGACCUAAAUAUCCCUGGAUAAGCACUCACAAAAAUGUUAGUAUUUACUAAAUACAGUCAUAUAGGCCACUAAGUUACUUACUCAAUAGGAAAAGUUGCAUUUUCCCUCGGACACGAUCUUGUGGAUGUCGGGUGAGAUCAAUGUGAUUUUGAUGCGCAGGCAGUCCUCGAUUGACUUAUGUGAAAGCCGGUUCCUGUCGUGAAUCUAUAUUGCGUUCAUAGAGGAAAAUGAGGACUCGCAGGUGUAUGUCGAUCCAAACAUUGUUAGCACAUAAAAUGCAAGUUUCUUUAUUGUGCUGUAUUCCUCUGAGCAUUCCACCCAAAACGCACACAAGGACUCGGCACUCCUGAGCGCAUUCCUGGUUUGGCUUGAUGUCUGGAAUUCAAUCAGCUCAGUUUGAAAUGCGGCCUCAUCCAGUGAGGGUUAUCGUUUUCUUAACAAGGUUGGAGAAUUCUCCACCUGGAUGCGGACUGUGAGAGGAUCACAGACAAAUGUAAUGAUAUCCUUGCGCAUGCUGUAGUCUUCAAAUCUGGUGGAGAAGUUGUCCCUCAGCUGCUUGAUGAAAUCUUCCAUCACCUCUGUGACAAUGCUGCGCCCUGGUCCCUCUGUCCAAAUCGAACAACUUCGAGCUUCCUAGUAAAGGCCUCAGGUUUUUCCACCAUGUCCACGACUGUUUUCCCUCUUCGUUGUAACUGCAGAUUUAACCCGUUUAAGUGACAGAACAUGUCAGCCAAAAAAGCUGUGUGUCUAGCUUGCAGUUAACGCUUCAAUGUUUCUGCGUCGGGCCUCUGUCUGGGGUGGGAAGGCCACUUUGAAAGUUCCAUGCUUAGAUUCAUAAUGAUGUCUGAGAUUGAAUUAUUUCCAAACAGCGACAUUUUCAUUGCAAAUAAGACACACUGGCUUGGCACUGGCAAAAUAUGGUAAAAUGAACGCAUAUCUCUCUGUACAGUCUAUCCUGAAACUUCGAAUUUCAUUAUCCACCUUUUUUUAAAUACUUUUUUGAGAGCAAUAUUUUCCCUUGCUAUCAAGCUAAUUGUUCUGAACCAAUGUUGACGUUAAAAAAGUAGUGUAGCCUACAGUAGGCUACGUAGACCUGUUUUUCCCCACCAAUCAACGCACGGACAAAUAGACAAAAAUAAUAAUUGAAUAGAGACAUGGUGAUUUUAUGACCGUAAUCAGAUCCAAAUUAUUAUGUUAUUGUCACUGAAUUUCUAAUGUACUAAUCAGAUGUGUUAAAAAUGUCGUUAAAUUUGUAGUGUUGACCAAUUAUAUGUGCUAAUAUUAUAUACAAAUUAUGUUCUGGCCCGCCAACUAUUAGCUCAGAAGAAAUAUGGCCUGAGGCCAAACCUAGUUGACGAACCCUGAUUUAGAGACUAUUUCAGAUGCAUAUACAUUGAGAAAUGCAAAUGAAUGAUAUCUUGCAUGCAGCCAUAUUGUGGUUCUCACUGGUAAAACUGAUUUUGGGGAACUGUCUAUAUAGAAGUUCCUGUAAAAAAAAAUGUAAAACACUAUUUCUGUAACUGGAAGCAUUUGGGAAUGCAUAAUAGAAGUUACACCAUGUUGUCUGAAAUGCUAUGACACAAGGUUUAAAGGGGGAAUCUGGGAUUCAAAUAACAACAAAGCAGCACAUUAGUCAAAAGCUAUGGGCUGCAGCUGGAGAAAUGUAACAACUCUCAAAUUCAUAGAUGGAGCUAUGGAGGCAAUGAUUGAUCAUCUAUGAGAUCAAAAUGAUAAAAUGUUUUGUACCAAACCCAGAUUGCCCCUUUAAUUCCAGAGGGCAGGCUUUGAAAGCUAUUGAAGUCAUCAAGCAGAUCGUAAGGCAUACAUACCCACAUGCUAAAUAUUUAUUUGGCAUUUACAUGGUGUGCUAGGGAGAAAUUAUUACUGACAUUUCUACAGAUUUAUACCGCACAUAGAUUUGACCAAAUGGGGGUUAGUUCACCUCACUACAAAUCUGAAAUGAUUGAGACUUUCUAUAGUUUAUUUACAAAUAUAUAUUUUAAUGCAGGUAAAUGCAUCAGCUUGUUGUUUAAAUAUUUUUUACCCUACACUAUUGACUAACACAUGUCAUCUAGCAGCUUGGAGUGUCAACAAACAGUGUCUGAUCCUACUUGAACUGGCUAGGGAUAGAGCCUAUUGCAUGCAUUUUUCCAUUUGGUUGUAGCCCCAAGCACAGAGGAGAUCGGAGAACUGAGAGUUCCGGCCCAUAUCCACCCCUGAACCUAGCUAGAAAGCUAUUUAGCAAACCAGCUAGAAAACAUUAGUUAAUAAGCAAGUUGUUAAGCCUGUAAGCUAUAGCUAAUAAGCAAGCUAGCUAAGGUAGCUAGCGAAUAUGCUUUAUCAUAAUAAUCUAGCUAGCUAAAGACUAGCAAUUUUAUCCACAGUAACCUGUAUAAUGGUAUAGCUAAUAAGCCCAGCUAUCGGAAUGGAUAAUGUGUACUCUAAAUUCUCCUAAAUUGCCUCUCAGUAAGUCUGUCACUGCAAGUUAUCUUGUCCCCUGUUCUGUUUACCUGGCUAUGCAAAUGAGAUGACAUCAUCAGUCUAGGUAGGUGAGACUGAAAACAGCCAUAAUUGACACAGUUGCUUUUAACUCUACUUUCAAAGGUUGUCACGAGGCAAAGUUUUUUUUUUUACAUGCACCUUAAUCUUUAAUAACAGAUAAACUAUUAAAAAAUUAUACACCAUUUUAAUAGGUUUUUACUGGUCGCACCAUAUGACAUUUAAAAUGAUCCCUUGUCAUGACCGAUGAUAGAGAUGCUAAAUUUGUGAGCAUUUGUGGCAGAUUUCAUUAACUUUCUGCUGAAUUGGAGGGUCCACUUCAAAGUAUGCUUUGAUGUCAUAUCAUGACGCUUUGAGAAAAAAAACUAUUUAUGUAGUCAAUGUUGCAUUUUAAUGUUGGUCGUGACAUAUGAUAUUAGUGUUUUUCAAAUACAUUUCUUAUUUGCUAGGUACAUAUUUAGACAAUAUUUCAUAAUAAAGUGAUGAUGCCCGAGAAGCUGGUGUUUGGAGGAUAUAUUGGCACGGUUCGAGGGCAUUAUCACUUUUAUACAACAGGUUACCAACAUAUUCAAGUAAUGAUUAUUGUUAUUGUUUUUCGUUCUUUUUUUUUUUUUUUUGUCUUAUAUAUAUAUAUAUAUAUAUUUAUUAAUUUUUACCCCUUUUUCUCCCCAAUUUCGUGGUAUCCAAUUGGUAGUUACAGUAUUGUCCCAUCGCUGCAACUCCCGUACGGACUCCGGAGAGGCGAAGGUCGAGAGCCGCGCGUCCUCCGAAACACAACCCAACCGAGCCGCACUGCUUCUUGACACAAUGCCCGCUUAACCCGGAAGCCAACUGCACCAAUGUGUCGGAGGAAACACCGUACACCUGGCGACCGUGUCAGCGUGCACUGGGCCCGGCCCGCCACAGGAGUCGCUAGUGCGUGAUGGGACAAGAACAUCCCUGCCGGCCAAACCCUCCCCUAAUCUGGAUGACGCUGGGCCAAUUGUGCGCCGCCCCAUGGGUCUCCCGGUCGCGGCCGGCUGCGAUAGAGCCUGGACUCAAAACAGGAUCUCUAGUGGCACAGCUAGCACUGCGAUGCAGUGCCUUAGACCACUGCGCCACUCGGGAGGCCUCUAAAAACGUCAUUUUGAUGAAUUUAUUCAUACUAUUUCAUCCUUCCACAAGAUAUAGUCCCGACACAAAUCUAGGGUUGCUACCCAAGCCGGCUGGUCGUUCGUUCUAUGGGUUCGGUUGCUAGAGACGCGACCCAGUCGUUCGUUCUAAAUGUUCCAUUGCCAUACUGGCUGGCAACGUUCUUAACCCUUGCCUGCUAGCUAGCCAACUACGGCUAACUUAGUCACGUCAAAAAGUGCAGCCAGAAUAACAGCAAAGUAGCUGCAUUUGCAUUUGUUUAAGCUGUUUUCUAGUGACAUUUAUUUGGAUACAUCCAUAACAAUUAGUUAAUGAGGCUCGAUUUCGCCUGGCAUAGAAAAUGUGCUCACUCGUCAGGACACUGUUGUUCAAAGGAGCUAGCCAACAACACAACUAACACAAUUUCAAACUGAAACUGGAAAGACCGCAAACUAGCUGCACUUUGUUUCGUUUUUUCAAUUGACAGUACUUUGUAUAUAUCCAUAAAAAUUAUGCCAGCUGAUUCAUGAUUUCGACUGUUUGAGAAACGCCGCCUGCCUACCUGUCUGUCUCGUCCCGACACGUUCAAUACUAUAGGACAGCUGGAGAUCGAAUUUGAAUAUUGAAAGAAUGUUGCAAAUGUCGGAGAGACAGACAGCAAGGUUUAUACAAAUCUCCGCUUUUGAAAACUAAAUGUUAGUCUAAAAGAAAUGUGAGAUAAUGUCUUGAUGCUUUUUAUAGUGGAGAUCAAGUUUAUAAAUUGCCUGGCUGGUCUGAUGAGACAGUGGAUUGUGCAGUCAGAUGGAACAAAGUAAAUAGUAAUUUUAAUGUAAUUGAUUUAGCCUGUGGUUACUUGUGGAAUAGACACCGGCUGGAAUGCGGUUUUAACCAAUCAGCAUUCAGGAUUAGUCCCACCAUUGUAUAAUAUCAUCACAUACCCUUGUAAAUGUGUGCCAAAGUCAAAUAUUUCAAUUUUUGUUAUGAAUUACACCAAUUCACAACACUUUUGUUGUUUAAAUUCAACCUCUGACAGUUACACCAUAUGGCAUUUUCACCCUUUGAAAUGCCAAAACUGUAAAAAUGUAUCAUGCUUCAUGAUACAGUACAUUGAUGCGGUGCCAAAGGGAAGAGAACAUGUAGAAAUGUGAUGUAAGAAGAUUUUCUUGUAUUUAUAGUUUGUAUUUACACAUUUACAAGGGUAUGUGAUGAUAUUAUACAACGGGGGUGGGUCUAAUCCUGAAUGCUGAUUGGUUAAAACCGCAUUCCAGCUGGUGUCUACUCUCAUCUAUUUCUCUCACUCCUCUGCUACAGCUACAGUAACCUGCGCUACAUGGCCACUCAGAUCGCCUCAGGGAUGAGGUACCUCUCCUCGCUCAACUUUGUCCACAGAGACCUGGCCACGAGGAACUGUCUGGUGGGGAAGAAUUACACCAUCAAGAUCGCUGACUUUGGCAUGAGCAGGAACCUGUACAGCAGUGACUACUACCGCAUCCAGGGCCGGGCCGUGCUGCCCAUACGAUGGAUGUCCUGGGAGAGCAUACUGCUGGUGAGGAGGGAGGGAGGGAGGGAGGGAGGGAGGGAGGGAGGGAGGGAGGGAGGGAGGGAGGGAGGGAGGGAGGGAGGGAAAGUGGUGAGACGUGGUGCCCCCUUGAUGGUCAUACAUAGAAUAGAUACCUCAGUUUACUUCAUGGAAUGAGGCCACUGGCUAUCAGACCAUUCACAUUAUUAACCUGACUACACUGCACUCCAGUUAUAACAAUCCCUGAUAAAACAUUCAAUCGCUUAUGUUUACUGUAAUGGGCCAGUGAAUGAAGGCUUUGGUUAUCAGUUGAACUAGCCCCUUUUUAAGCCACUAGAAAUCAUUUGAACUCAACUUACGUAGCCUAAUGUCUGUUGUUCUGCCUCUUCACUCCCAGGGAAAGUUCACCACAGCCAGUGAUGUGUGGGCAUUUGGGGUGACGCUGUGGGAGACCCUGACCUUCUGUAACGAGCAGCCUUACUCCCAGCUGACUGACGAGCAGGUCAUAGAGAACACUGGCGAGUUCUUCAGGGACCAGAAACGACAGGUGAGAGAAACCCACACGCACACACUCACCCUGACUCACUCUCUUUUGCUGUACAUCGACCUGCGUAUGUUCUACUGUAUUGUACCUGAUUGUCUAUGUGUCAUAGAUCUACCUUCCCCAGCCAGUGCUGUGUCCUGACUCUGUGUAUAAGAUCAUGCUGAAUUGUUGGAGGAGGAACACCAAGGAGAGACCUUCCUUCCAGGAGAUCCACCGAGCGCUGCUGGAGAGCCAAGCU